AUGUCCCACGAUGGGGAUGCCCUUCAUCUGGGGACAGCAUUAACCAGAAGUCCUCCGGCAUUAACUACUGGAAGACCAUGUCUUGCUGGUACUCAAACACUGAAGCAUCAACAAGCCGAAGAGAAACGAAUCAAUCUGAAUUUGACCAAUGAACGCUUCUUUAGUUUGAAUGAUCGUCAGUGUACUCAGGAAUCCAGUGGAAUCGGCCACAUGUUGUCUGACCAGGGUAAUUCAAGUUAUUUUGAGAAUGCAAACAAGUGUGAAGCUAAUUUACUUUGGCCUGGACAAGGUCAAGUAAAACUGGAGGAAGAUACCAGUGACAUGAGUAUAGAGAAGAGUGAUGAAUUUAUAAAUGGUUCAGGUAAUAGCAGUAACAGUAAUAGUAAUAAUCUGGAGGAUCCAGUUGUCAAAUCAGAGUAUCGACCUCUUGGAGCUCAAGCAAAGGACUUUAGUGUAGCUGUAACAGCUUCACCUUCGAGCUCAGGAAGGUCAACACUUCAUUACGCCUCUGAUGACGAGUUCGAUUACGAUUCAAUGGUUGAGCAGACACAUAAGAUUGCCAGUGAGGAUUUUCAGACACUGGACGAUAAUCUAACAUUUAUAGCACAGUAUGUGAAACAGUUGACAGGCUGUGGUGAGUCAAGAAAAUCGACAUCAACAACAACUGCAGAUAAUCGUAUUAGAAAUGCACCGUCAACCCAUAAAGUUACAACAGCAAACAAGCCACAAUAUCAACAACAACAGCAACAACCACCAUCUCAGUCGAUACGCACAUCACUACCACAUCCUGUUCAUAACCAAGACGACUGUCAGCCUCAAAAACUACAACAGCUACAACAAUUGUAUCAAAGUGCAGUUUGGUUAUUGUCAACGAGGAACAAUACUGAGAUUGGAAAAGGUAAUUUAAGGUUGGUUGCCACUUAUUUAUAA